AUGCGCUGUGGCGCCGCCUCGCCGCGCGUGCGCCGCGGAGGGGAGCCGAGCCGGAAGUGGCCGAGCCGGAAGUGGCGGAGCGGGGCAGUCCCGGCGGCGGGGAGCGCUGCCGCGCACCGGCUGGGGGGGCUGCGUUCUUCUCUCUUAAACGGCGACUCAGCGAAGCAACUGAUGAGCUGCGACGGACCCGAGACAGGUUUUAGAACAACUUCUAGCUCUUCUCCCUGGGUGCUCUUUCUGCUGCAGAGCAAAGAAGGAGCCACACCAAGUGGCAGAAUGUGCCACACGUGCCCUUCCUUUCUCCUCAAGAGUUCUCUUCAUUGCCUUGUGGCAGCACAAACCAAUCAGGGCUGGAGAAAGGGAACACUUAGCUCUGAGCAUGAAACUUUGGUGUCUGACUUCUUUCAAAGGGUGAGCAGAAGGAGGCAGAAGAGAAACUGGAAAGCGGGAGGAGUGCCUGCCAGCCCCUCAGGCAGUGCUGCCAUUCAGGCAGGCCUGGCCAGGGUGGAGAGUUGGGUGGGGAGAAAUGGAAUAAAAUGCGAGGAGGACAGCUGUAGAGUCUUGCAGCUGGGAAAGAAGCAGCCCAGGGAGCAGGAUAGGCUGGGGGCUGGGGGCCCUGGUGAACAGAAGGAUGCCCAUGAGCCAACAAUGUGCCCUUUGUGGCCAAGAAGGACAGUGCCAUCCUGGAAUGGAUUAGAAGGGCUCCCAGGAACUGCAGAAUCUCAUCCAAGUGCUCCCACUAACACUGUGUGCACUGCCAGCCCCUCCUCGUGCUCCCAGCGUGGCUCCAGUGUCCACUCAGUGCCCCAAGCGACCCCCAACUUCCCAUGCCUCUUAGUUAUCCCUGUGUCAUCUCAGUCCCUCUCAGUGCUUCCAGCCCCUCCAAAUCUCCUUGCCAGUGCUCUCCCCGUUUUCCUAGUGUCCCGAGUAACCUCUAGAUCUCCUUGCCAGUGCCCCCCAUGUGGCCCCAGUGACCUCCCUGUUUCUCCCAGUAUCCCAAACUCUCUUGCAGUGCCGGCAGUAGCAGCAAGUGCUGCCCGGUCUCUGUCACUGCUGCCAGUAACAGCCAAUGCCUCCCAGUGCUCCCGGUGACCCCAGUCCCUGCCGGUGCUCCCCGUAAUUCCCAAAGCCUUUCCCAGGGCUCCCACGUGGGCACUGCCCGUGGGUACUGCAGUUGUGUAGCGGCUGCGGUGUGGCGCCGGUGCUCAGUGCUGCCACCGUGUGUUUCCUUGUCCACACUGCAGUUCCUCAGCCGCGGCGGUCCCCCGUUUCCCUGCCUCGUCUCUAAAGGCCGUGCACGAUUGAAGUGGCUGAAAGCUGAGGGGAGGGGAGGAGAGGAGGGGAAGGUGAGAGGUGGGAGGGAGAGCUGAGAACUGGUUUGG